AUGGCGAGCGGUGUCCCAGAAAUCCACUUCUACGAGCACGGGCUCAACAUCCGCCGAGUGAUCGAGCAGUCCAAUUUGCAGGAUCUGGACCAGGCCCUCAACAUCUGCGAUCUGUCCAGUCUGGAGCAAAAAUUCAGCCUCUGGCAGAAACUGCUGCCCAGGAUUAAGCCACACUACGCCGUCAAGUGCAACGACGAUCCUGUGGUGGUCAAAUUUCUGGCGGAUCUUGGUACUGGAUUCGACUGCGCCUCCAAAAACGAACUUAGGCUGGUUCUUGGCUUAGGCGUUUCACCUGAGCGUAUUAUCUUUGCACAUCCUUGUCGUCCAGUCAGCCACUUGGAGUACGCCAAGGAGCAGAUGGUGGUCAAUGGCACGGUGGACAAUGAGUACGAGGUUUACAAGCUCCAUAAGCACUAUCCAAACUCCAAUCUAAUUGUAAGAUUCAAAAGCGAGGCCAAGGAGGCACUGCAUUUUUUGGGCGAAAAGUUUGGAUGCAAUGUGAAGGCGGAUGCCGCUGCCCUACUGCUCCUGGCCAAGGCCUUGGAUCUGAAGGUUACUGGCACUAGUUUCCAUGUAGGUUCCGGAUGCAGCGAGGUGGAGGCCUACGACCGGGCCAUCGAAAAAGCCGAGAACAUCUUCAAGUUCGGCGAGCUUAUUGGUCAUGACAUGGACUUAUUGGACAUUGGCGGUGGCUUUCCCGGCACCGAUGAUGCACUGUUCGAGAAUAUUGCUGACGCUGUAAACACCUCGCUGCAGCUCCGUUUCCCCGAUGAGCGGGUCCAAAUAAUUGCCGAACCAGGACGUUUCUUUGUGGAGGCUGCUUACACUUUGAUCUGUAAGAUCCAUGCCAAGCGGGAGGUCCGAAAUAAAGCUGGGAAGUUGGACACAUUAAUGUAUUUCAUAAAUGACGGCAUCUACGGGUUCCUGGCCUGCACUUUCUACACCUCCGUAGUUGUGACUCCUGAAGUUUUCCUGGUAAGAAUUAGCAUCGAUACCCAGUAUUUUGCAAUUUUUCAAGCAGUAUUGAAAUCAUUUAUCCAGGUUGGAGCCAAUACCAUGCCAAAGUUCAAGUCUGUGAUUUGGGGACCCAGUUGCGAUGCCCAGGAUAGGAUUUCGGAGGAGCAGCACUUGCCCAACAUGAAUCGAGGUGAUCUCAUAGUGUUUCGCAACAUGGGUGCCUACGCAAAGACCAUGGCCAAGCCCUUCAAUGGAUUUGAAGUUCCGGUAACACUGUUUUUUCGGGCCAAAUAGUAAUAAAAGACAAACUUGCUUGCAUUUGUAA